AUGUCGACCUUCACGAAGCACCUCUCCCUCGCGGACCUCCAAUCACCUGGCGGCAGCGGCGCGGGCGCAGACGGCGAGACACCGAUCCUGAAGGCCGUUGCGGACGCGCGAUCCCAAGACUACGCGGGGAUAUGCUGCCCGCUCACGACGGACGCCUGGCGCGCGCGCUGGCGGGGCAUGUGCCUCCUCCCCGCGGACGACGGGCACGACAAGGUGGAGAUCGAGCGGCGGGCGGAGGCGUGGCGGGCGACGCCGGCUUUCGAGAGAGAUGAGGUGACGAUGACGAGACUGGAUGAGGCGGAGGGCGUGGUCGCCGUUGCGUCCGAGUGGUUGGAAUUGGACGCGACCGACGACUGGGUGCGGCAUGAUUCGGAGACGGCACUCCUCCAAGAACUCGCAUAUGCAUCCUACCUCAACAUCACGUCUGCGAUACUACCCCCACCGAAGCACCGAUCGCAGCUCGCAUCGUAUGCCCGGGCGGUGAACACCUGCCUGAACGCGGUACCCUACAUGGAGCUCUCCGUCUGUAUACCCAUCUACGACCCCGUCAUGCUGCACGCAUCUUCAUCCGCGGGGUCCGCUGUCAAUAUCACCACUGUGUCAAGCCCGAGUGUGCUCUUCAGCGACGAGCCCAGUGUGGCGACCUGGGAGAUGUGGGAUGCGAUCCGGACAGUCUGCGAGUAUAAUCCGCGACUGACACUCACGCUGGACUUGACACCCCCGAUGCCUUCCGUGAUCAGCGUUCUGAGCCAAUGGUCUGCAGAGCCCGUACGACAUAUAUUCUUGCCUGCGUCUGCAUUUAUCGCGAACGCGAAGGGAUACCCAGUACUGCCAAAGGUAGCGCAAGGCUUUCUUCGGGACAUCAUGAAGCUGAGACCUAAUGUUAUCCUGUCAGGUACCACGGCAGGUCGACAUAAGAACGGCGGGGAGGUUGUCUAUUCGCAGUACGUACGACAUCUGGAGAAGACCAGUCCCGCGUACAAGGCAUCGAAAACUCAGGGGACCGUGGAGAACUUCGCGCAGGGAUACCAAGAUUACUUACAAGCUCCUCUACAGCCCUUGAUGGACAACCUACAAAGCGUUACGUACCAGACAUUCGAGCAGGAUCCAGUCAAGUAUAGACAAUACGAGGAGGCGGUUUACGCAGCAAUCGUAGAAUGGCCCAACAAGGCUGACAAAAUGAUACUAUGUGUCGCCGGGGCAGGCCGUGGUCCUUUGGUUGCGCGGUGCCUGAAGGCCCUCCAACGGGCCAGCCGAGAGGGCUUGGUCUAUGCACUUGAGAAGAACCCGAAUGCUUAUGUCACAUUACAGCAGCGCGUACACGAUGACUGGGGCGAGAGCGUGAAGCUAUUCUUCGGUGACAUGCGGACCUUCGAACUGCCCGAGAAGGUGGACAUACUUGUCAGCGAACUGCUGGGGUCUUUUGGAGACAACGAGCUUAGUCCUGAGUGCUUGGAUGGGGCGAUGCGCUUCUUGAAACCGGAAGGCAUAUCGAUACCUGCCUCGUAUACCGCACACAUAGCGCCGCUAUCCUCGUCAAAGCUGUUCAAUGAAACCAGGGCCACAAAAGACGUAAAAGCAGCUGAAACGCCUUACGUGGUGAUGUUCCAGGCCAUCAACAUUCUGAGCGGUAAUGGCGGAGGCCUUAGCGGCAAUUGUGGACCCAAGGUCCAGGAAUGCUGGGAGUUUGAACACCCUCGGAAGGACGCUGUGCUCAACGAACAAGGCCUACCACCUACGAAUAGUCAUAAUGCGCGAUCCGCACAGCUCACGUUCCACAUACCCCACGCGGGCAUCCUGCACGGCCUAGCCGGAUACUUCGAAGCGGUACUCUACCGCAACAUCGGCCUGAGCAUACACCCAGACCGGAUGCAAUACAUCUCGAAGAACAUGCUGAGCUGGUUCCCGCUACUUUUCCCGUUUAAGGAACCGCUAUAUCUUCCGAGCUCAUCAGAACUCCACGUCUCAAUCUGGCGCCUGACGAACCAGCGGCAGGUCUGGUACGAGUGGUACGCGGAGGCGUUCUUGCCAGUGCCAGGCUCGACGUCUAUGCGAGCGAAGACGGACGCAGAGAGCGCACGGCCGUCUCGCAGCGACUCGCUGGAUGGGUUAUCGGUGACGCGGAGUGAUUCCCGCGAAGGGUGGCUAGUAUCUGUCCGGUCGACGCCUGUUCUGUCGCCGAGUCCGAUGGCAGACGCGGUCGACAUCCCACCUAUCGAGAUUGACUCGAACGCAGCUAUGGAGGAUGAUGCGGCAAACAAAAACAUCGGGCUGAUAAAGAUCGGACAGACGAGUCUUCACAAUCCCAAGGGUCGUAGCAGUUGGAUAGGGCUUUAA